CCCGCUUUAUUUUAUACAACUCUGUUUUCACUUAGUUAUCAAGUUCAAACACCGACCGAAUAGAUAGAACAAGUCACCAUUGUUUUCUACAUCCCACAAUCUUAGAAGAGCCGGCCCAUAUAACCAUCCAUUGCCUUUCUCACCUUAAAAUUGAAGCACACAACCAUCAAAUCUUCUUCUUCGGUUCCUUAAAACAGAACCAUGGACAGGCUCAUAAAAUUAGACCCAUCAAACACAAUCUCAAUAAGAAUUGAACCAAAUCAAAAGUGCCAUGGCCAUGUCACCCUAUGCAACGUCAUGCACACCAUGCCAGUGGCUUUCAACCUCCAACCACAAAUAAAAUGUCGCUACACAGUGAAGCCACAUUCAGGAAUCAUAUCUCCAUUAACUACACUCACCGUGGAAAUAUCCUACAAUCUCCCACAAGGAUCGACGCUGCCGGACUCUUUCCCUCGCUCCAAAGACACUUUCCUCCUCCACAGUUGUGUGGUCCCUGGCGCAGCCAUCAAUGAACCUUCCUCCAUGGUUGAUUGUGUCCCAAGCGAGUGGUUCUCGGCGAAAAAGAAGCAAGUCUUCGUGGAUACCGGCAUCAAGAUCGUGUUUCUUGGAUCCACAAUUCUGGUUAAGCUCAUUGGAGAUGAUCAUGGUUCCAUGGAUGACACAAGAGAAGUUCUAGAACGGAGCGAUCCCUCGUGGAAAGCGGUUGAUUCGAUCGACUCGAACGGCGAAACGUUGCUCCAUUUGGCGAUUUCGCGGAAGAGAGCGGAUGUUGUUCAGUUGCUACUAGAAUUUGAGGCUAACUUAGAGGCGCGAAACGGUUCUGGAUCAACGCCACUAGAGGCUGCAGCAUCUUCAGGUGCAGCCUUAAUAGCUGAGCUUCUAUUAGCUCACAAGGCCAACAUAGAAAGACAAGAAACUUCGACAUUUGGACCCAUCCACGUCGCUGCUAAACAAGGACACUGCGAAGUUUUGAGGCUCUUGUUACUCAAAGGUGCAAGAGUGGACUCGCUCACAAAAGAUGGCAACACAGCGUUACACCUUGCGGUUGAAGAAAAUAAAAUAGAAUGCGUUAAGCUCUUACUAGCAAACGGUGCCAGAACCGACAUUCGCAACGCCGGCAAAGGCGACACCGUCUUACACAUAGCAGCAUCCACCGGGGAUCAUAACAUGGUCGAACUCUUGCUACGAAACGGUGUGAACAAGUAUGUUAGAAAUGAUUCAUCAAAAGCUGCAUAUGAUGUUGCAGCAGAGAAAGGACACUCUAGAAUCUUCGAUGCGCUGAGGCUCGGCGACGAUUUGUGCAUUGCUGCAAGGAAAGGAGAAGUGAGAUCAAUACAAAAGUUGCUUGAGAAGGGUGCGUUUGUCAAUGGUAGGGACCAGAAUGGGUGGACUCCGUUGCACAGGGCUUGUUUCAAAGGGAGGAUCGACGCAGUGCACGUGCUUUUGGAGAAAGGGAUUGAUUUGAAUGCAGAGGAUGAAGAAGGGUACACUGCUUUGCACUGUGCUGUUGAAUGUGGAAAUGCUGAUGUGGCAGAGGUUUUGGUGAAGAAAGGUGCUGAUGUUGAAGCCAGGAGUAAGAAGGGUAUCACUGCUUUGCAGGUGGCCAAGGCGCUUCGCUACGUUGGGAUCACAAGAAUUCUUGUCAAUGGUGGUGCUAGUACUUUGGAUCAUCAAAUGGUGGUGCCAGAUUCCGGUGCAGUGGUUCCAAUUAAGAGUAAAAUUGAUGCUAAGUGGAAAAUGAUGAAGAACAAGAAGAAGAAGAAGAAGAAGAAGGAGGACGGUGGCGGUGGCUUUGAUCGUGGUUCAACUACUCCGGCUAUACCUGUGGUUGGUUCAUGAAUUCAGUAUUCAAAUUGAAAUAUGAUUUUUUUUUUUUAGUAUAAUUCGUGGAAGAAAAUUGUAAAUUUGUCGAACUUGUUCUUCCCAAUGAGAUCCAAGACUUUUUUAAGUUAAAUGUCAGGGAUGGAUGGCAUUCCAACUAAUAUAUUACAAU